UCGAUUACAAUUUCUAAAAACGUUGAAAAAAGUUGUGUUUUUUAAAAAGGUAAAAUUAAUUUAAAAAAUGUACAAAAUUUUGCUUACUUUAUGUUUAGUUGCUUUUGUUGCAACUUCACCAAUUAUUAAAGAGAUCAAUGAUGAUCUUAAAGUUGAUAUAACUGUAGUUGAAGAUAUUGAAGAAUUCAAAAAUACUCAUCCAUCACUUGAAUUGACUCCACUUUUUAGUGAUGAAUUGCAAGAAUCACCAUUUGGUGUAAUUCGUCAUACAGCUGGCAGCAGAGUUGCAGGAGAUAGACUAGUUGCAAGUGGAAGCGGUGGACAAUCAUGGGCAACACCACAAGAUGUUCAAUUAUCAUUACAAUAUCCAAAGAGUGGAACUGGUGCCGUACUUUCAUAUGUUGAAGUACUUGUUGAUCAAAGUUCUAAUGUUGGAGAAGGUUUUAUUAUUAGCGGUGGAAUAGGACAAAGGCAUAUUGCGCUUGUUAUUCAAGCUAGAUCUACAACACAUUUUAAUUAUGCAGCAGCUUUCUAUGGUGUAUAAAUAUCUAACCGCUAAUUUUUGAUUCAAAUAUGGUUUUUGUAUAGAAAAAAAAUAAAUAACUAUGUAAAAAUAA